AAUCUAUGUUAAUGAAGCGUACGUGACGAAACAGGGCCGCCAUGAAGAUUCGGUUUUGACCAAUGUGAAAAACACACAUAAAAACACUAUGUUGGUUUAGGAUUCUUAAGAUAUUUUUAGCCCGUUGUCGAAUGUGAGAAAUCAAUAUGACAUCGCAAGCGGAAACUGGUCGCUCGUUGCGCCACAAGGUCCGUCGUCAUUAUGACGAAGGAGAGCAUCAGGACGAUGAGAUUGAAGGGAGGAGAACAUUCACUCUGGACGAUAAGCUGACCACUGACCGUUACAACUUCCCUAUGGUCAAGACUAUGAGCAGCCAAGACUUCACACUUAAGUGGCUUCAAGAAAAUGGCUUUGACACUCCACUACUUUUCAAAGAAUCUACUCACCUAGACAUCAGGACACCAGACAGUAGCUUCACUGUUAGUGAUGUCAAACAAUAUGUGGGGAGUCGGCGAGUCGUGGACGUAAUGGAUGUGAAUACACAGAAAGGCAUUGAGAUGUCCAUGGCUCAGUUUGCCAGGUAUUACGAAAGCCCAGAUCGCAAGGAGCUCUACAACGUGAUCAGUCUUGAGUUCAGUCAUACACGAUUAGCUGAUCUUGUCCAGCAACCUAAAGUUGUUCGUCAGAUUGACUGGGUGAACAAUGUUUGGCCUCGUCAUUUGAUAGAUACCCAGAGGGACAGUACCAACGUCCUGGCAGAGAUGAAAUAUCCCAAGGUCCAGAAAUAUUGUCUGAUGAGUGUGAAAGGGUGCUACACAGAUUUCCAUGUUGACUUUGGAGGUACGUCCGUCUGGUAUCACAUACUCCGAGGAUCAAAGGUGUUUUGGUUGAUCCCCCCGACCGAGGAGAACCUGGAUACGUACGAGACCUGGGUGCUGUCUGGGAAACAAGGGGAUAUCUUCCUAGGAGACCGGGUGAUGGAGUGCGGCAGGAUCCGCCUGGAGGCUGGAGACACCUUCAUGAUCCCUACAGGUUGGAUCCAUGCGGUGUAUACACCUGAAGAUUCACUGGUGUUUGGUGGUAACAUCCUGCAUACAUUCAACGUACGUAAACAGCUGGGAGUAUGGCAGCUUGAAGACAGAACAAGGGUGCCCAACAAAUUCCGCUAUCCUUUCUACUUCGAGAUCCACUGGUUCGCCCUCGCAAGGUACGUCGAGGUCCUCCUCGGUCGCCAGCACGUCAGAAACACCGGUAAAUCCCAGUCAAACGAGACGAUAAUAGAACAUGCAAACAAUGGACAUAGCCUGCUCAAGCAAGAAAAUGGAAUAGAUCAGGAAGUGAAGGUGGAUGAGGAGGAGGAGGAUGAUGUUGAUAUUGGCCCUCACCAUAGAAACGUGAAGGUGGAGGACGAAGAUGAGAUGUCGGAUGCGAUCCUGAAAUCCCUGGCGAUGGGACAGACGAUGGACAUGGAUGAGUCGGACGACAAGGAUCUCUCGUUCGGAGAGUCCAAAGAGACGUUUGAGAAGAAACCUGAGCCAGCCGGAGGAGGAGGAGGGGACUUUGCGUCGACGUCAUCGAUGGGCGGAGUUAAGAAGCCCAUCCACCUGUCUUGGGCUGAGAUGGAAGGUCUGAUCAACCUGGUGGAGUUCCUGGAGAGUCUACCAAGGAGUAAACGCAGUGUGCCUGAACUCAUCGACAAUCCAGAUAAACUCUUAGAAGAUGCAAGGGAGAUGCUUGAGCUGCAUCAGGAAGAUGACCCAGCCGUAGGAGUAACAGGAGUACCAAUCGUUAAAUGGCCAGAUCCUCCUCCUAAGCCUCCUGUCAUACUCAGGCCAGCUCCCUCCAAGAAACGGGUGAAGAAGCAAAAGAAGAACAAGGCGCUGACGAUGAAUCGCAAGCGACGCACGCGCUGCAAGCAGUGUGCCAACUGCACCAGGGCAGAUUGUGGGGAGUGUAACUUCUGCAUCGACAUGAAGAAAUAUGGAGGCCCGGGCAAAAUGAAACAAUCAUGCAUCAUGAGACAAUGCUUAACACCCAUCCUACCAGGCAAAUCUAGCUGCUCAGUGUGCAAGCUAGAAGACACUGAUUCAGAAGGGAACACCACUCUCUUUGAGUGUCAUGUCUGCCAUGACAUCACCCAUCCUGCGUGUCUCAAGGAGCAGGGCUUUCAAGCUGAGGGGAUCAUGAAUGAGGACCUGACGAACAGCUGGGAGUGCCCCAAGUGUAUGGAGGUCGAUGAUGAGGACGAUGAGGAGGAAGAUGAAGAGGAGGAGGAUGACGAUGGCGAUGAGUCUGAUAGUAGUUCAGAGAAAGCAGUAUCUUCAAGAGGCAGAAAGAGAAAAGCUGAAAGUGAUGUGAGGACGCAUGAGGCUGGCACAGUUGGAAAGAGAGGGAGCCAUGCAGGAAAGGGACCUACCAUGGCUUCAACAUCCACCUACCAAGGAACACUCCGGACACGACUGAGGCAACGGAAAGGCAACAACCAGAAGCUGGCCAAGCAGAAGGUACGUCAGGCUAAGUAUCACAUGCAGUCAUCGCUCAAGAAGGGGAGAGCAAUGCUGAAGAGGCACCCUUUGCAGCAGAAGAAGAGACGCCUUGGACGGCCACCAAAGCUUCAAGCCCAGGUGGAACCGAAGCCAAUCAUCAUGGAGAAGAUCCCGGCCUGUGCUGCUCCAAAAUUUGUCGUCCGACCCGCUCCUGCCAAUCCACCGCCUGCAUUUGUUCUGAUGGCGGAUGACACCAAGCAUCCCAUCCAUCGAGAUGACUGGAUGAUGAUCUUCCAGUUCCUUGACAAGCGUGCUCUCAACGAGUGUAUGGCUGUCUGUAAGACCUGGAACAGAUGGUGCAUCCAUCCUUCACUCUGGAAACGCAUCAGCUAUAAGACUCCCAUCUCCAAGUUGGCACUCUGCGGGAUCGUCCGGCGUCAGCCGCUUUCGCUCAACCUCUCCUGGACAAACAUCAGCGCCAAGCAACUCUCCUGGCUCCUCCCACGUCUGCCGAACCUCAAGGACCUCGGCCUCGGCGGUUCAACUUGGCCUGUUGUGUACAGCCUGGCCUCUGUAGUCUGUCCCUUCUUUACAUCUCUUGAUCUGCAGUGGGUGAGCGGCCUCAACGACUCCUCCCUCCUGUCUCUACUCUCAUCUCCCAUGGACCACAGACCAGGCUAUUUUGAUGAACGGUCUCGUCUCUCAAACCUGGAAAGGCUGUGCUUGUUAGGAGCGGACAUUACGGAUGCGACCAUGUCUUCGAUCGUUCAGUUUGCUCCACUCCUUGCUCACCUGGACAUAAGUUUCUGUGGUAACCUGACUGAUGCUAGCAUCAGGAUUCUCCUUGAUGAGAAGUCUCCAGUCAGAAUGACUCUCAAAGAGCUGAACAUUGCCGGUUGCAGGAAGAUGACACUCUCUGUCUUCAGUCAGCUGGAGUCCUGUCCCACUCUCACAAAACUCAUCAUCCAUUCUUGCCCAAACCUGGCUCAAGAAGCUUGCCUGAAAUUCACCGAACAGAAAGGCGUUGAGAUGGUGACAAGCAAGCCGAGCAGAGUGUGUAGACCAAGAAGGCCCUGAUUUGAUCAGAUUAACUCUUAACCUGUUUCUGUUGAGUGAAGGAAGAAACAAUGGACUGACACAGUAGACCUUUCUCACACAUACAAUGUACAUGUAUAUACAUAUUCUCCUAACAGUAUUGCAGUCUUGGGUGUCAAUCUAAAGCAACUGUACAGUAAAGAAGCUACACGUAACUCAAACUGAUCACUAAUUGUACAUUGGGGGGGGGGGGGGGGGGGGUAGAAAAUAUUUCCCUGCCCUUCUUCCCCCCCCCCCCCCCCAUCAAACUUUGUGUUUUAUAUUAAUACAUUUCCAGUGUUCAUUUUGGCGAUGUAAAACUUGUGAAACGUUUCUUAUUUUAACGAAAUUUGUUGAUCAAUAUGAUCUGUUACUUUGAAUUAUAAGAUAUAUACAAGUUACACAUUUUGUUAAUUGUUUUAGCUUCCAAUGCACAAGCAGAUUGUACGAUUUUGAUUAAAGGUCCAGACAAGUUGUACUGGACUUUAACAAUCCAUGUGUAUUUGUUAAGACAAUAUUUGAAUGAUCAAAAGUGAAUCAAGUUUAAUUAGCAAUCUCUACAUCUAACUUCACUGUUACUUUACUUUCUGAGAAUAUGUGUUUUAUUUCAUUUUAGACCCCCAGAAAAGAAAUCAUGCAACUAUGUGAAUGAUGCUUUGGAAAAUAUGCAGACUCGUUUUAUGCAAGUGCAUACGGCUGCAUCGGCUAGUCUACUUUAAAUACAAGUCACUUUUAUACUAAUUUAGAGUGUAUUUAAAUGUGCAACAUCUUCUUAUAGAAAUAUGUAGGGCUCAUGUCUUGAAUAUAGGACACCAAGGUGGUACACCUUAACUAUAGAGCAAUAUAUUUUGUGAGGAUUGGUAGAUUUUGAUUCAUACUUUUACAAAUUACCUCUGAAGUCUGAAGAUACAACUAUAAGCUGUUUUUAAGUGACAAAAAAUCUCUUCUGUAAGUAAUUUAUAUAGUUUUAAAGUCGGUAUUGCAAGACAUUUCAAACAUUGUCUGAAAAAAGUCAAAUGAAAAGGUAAACAAAAUUGAAAUGAGGACUUGAAAGUCAACAAGUGUCACGUAACAAUGCUACAUGUAUGUGUAAAUACUGACCUCAUUGAACAAGCCCAUGUCACAAGAUUUUGUCAAAAGAAAUGAAUAUUAUUUCUGUUGUGUGAAAUGCACUUAUGAAAAAAAAGAAUUUGGAUCUAUCAGAAAUACAGGCAUUUGAGAGCAGAAGUUUUUGUUUGUGUUGUGCCCUAGAUAUGUGUAUUUAAAAAUGUUAGAUUUCAGGAAAUCUGUUUUUUUUAAAUCCUUUUCCAUUUUACUUAUUAUUACUAAGCAUUACCUUUAGAAAAUUUACAUUAUACAGUUUGAUAGCAUUUGUAGAAACUCCCAUUUACAAGAAGAUUUGUUUUCUGGUAUCCAUAUCAUCUUAUAGGGGUAGAAGAAAUAAAUCUUUUAUCCCUUUCUGUGUCACUCAGUUUUCAAACAGUAUCAUUUCCGAAGAUUAACUUUUUGGAUAUUCUCCUUUUCCGUUGGGAUGCAUUAAGAUAUGAGCAAGCUUGAUUAGUUCAGCUAGUGUACAUUUUAAGAGUAUGGCAAUCGAUCGGUUCUGCUUUUAUGUUGAGUUUUCUUGAGGUUUGUAUAUUUGUUUUUUAUACUUAAGCAAUGCAAGUGUGUGUAUGGUACAUUGUAUGUCCAUUGAUUGUAAAUAAAGUGAUAUCAAGCCAGUCUAAGCUAAGAUCAAA